AGUGCUAGUAUAUGCAUGAAUUUGAUGAGAGGAAGUCAUGAAAACAAUUAACCACUAGCACAUUUUUCUUUCCAAAACAAGGGAAAACUAGGGAAUUUAAAAGCAUUACGAACGAGCCCAGAAUCAACCUAGAUUCAGAGAACAGGGCCUUUCAGUCAUUUCAAACAUGAUUGAAAACAUUAUCAUGUUUUUCUCUAAAAUGCAAGCCUAGAAGAGUACAGUUGUAUAUAUUCAAAUUAAAAAUUUGAAGAGUUCAAUCUUAAUUAUAGAGAUCGUGGGACCAAAAUGGCUUCUGUUACUUUAUUAACUCUCUUGGCUCACACACAACAGACAGACAGCUUGUUUUUCUAUUCAAAAUUUCUCCCUUGUCCUUCCACUUCUUGUCAGCUCUCGUCCCCUCCGCCCCUCUAUAUAUAAGGAAACCCUCUCCUUUCCUCUAAACAACUCCACCAACUCCCUGAUCACCUCUCACCUGAUCUCUCUUUCUCUCUUCAUGAAUGGAGGAUCUUAUGAUGAGGAAACGACCAGCCUUUAUGCCUAGUUCAAUCACUCCUGCAUCACCACUAACCAUGCAUAGAGAUUCACACACAAUAGACAAAGUCAAGCCAAAGAUACGCAUAAUUCACAUCUUUGCUCCUGAAAUCAUCAAGACGGAUGUUGCAAACUUCAGAGAGUUGGUGCAAAGACUUACAGGGAAACCAACUGUUCAAAAGGGGGGUUGCAAGAAGAAAGCAACAAGCGCAAGAACACAGGAUCAACCAAGAAACUGCAACAACAACAACAACAACUACUUAUGUGACAACAAGCCUGUUAUGACCAAGAAAGUUGAGCUAAGGAGCGGGUUUGGGAGUACUUUGGGGUCUAGAGAAAGAGUUAAAGAGGAAGAAGAAAUAUGGAAUGGUCCAAAUUCAGGUGGGUUCUUAGGUGGAUUUACAGAUUUGGAUGGUUUCAUUCAAGAGCUUGGUGAAUUUCCAUUGCUGCCAAUGGAUGCUAAUCACAUGCAAGGGUUCGGGGAGACUCAACUUGCCUAAACGAUCCUUGCAAAUGCUUGAUUACAUCUGGCUUUUGUGUUUUUUUGGGAUUAUAUAAUAUGGAUCUAAUUUAGAUAUUGGUUUAACUCAUGAAUUCUUCUGCUUAUUAAUUUGUUCAUUUUUCUAAUUCAUUUAUCUCUAUUUAAUCUCUCUCUUGAUGUAAAUAAAGAGGAAAAACUUUCUCUUUUUAAAUUGAAGAACAGAAAUUGCAUUUUCUUA